ACGGCCUACUGCCAACACAUCGGAGUGGAGUUUAUGUUCAUUAACGACGUGGAGCAGUGCCAGUGGAUCAGGCACAAGUUUGAGACUCCAGGAGUCAUGCAGUUCAGCGCCGAGGAGAAGCGGACUCUCCUGGCCAGAAUGAUCCGGUCCACAAGGUUUGAGGAGUUCCUCCAGAGGAAGUGGUCCUCGGAGAAGCGGUUCGGUCUGGAAGGCUGCGAAUCGCUCAUCCCGGCGCUCAAGACCAUCAUCGACAAGUCCAGUCAGAGCGGCGUGGAGAGCGUCAUCAUGGGGAUGCCUCACAG